AUGGGGCUCAGAGCCAAGCCAGGGAAUCUACUUAAGCUCUCCGACCGAUCUUCAUUAUUAUUAAUCGGUCAAUCAGUCAAACCAUCAAACCAUCCAAUUCUUGAUUCCUUCAGACUUCGGCCGUGGUUUGGUUUGGUUUGCGUCGGAACUUUGGUUUCGAUCCGUGCAUUACCCAGUACCGUGAAUCCGAACGGGUCUGGGGCACGGUUAAAGGAGGGUCCCCUCCCCUUUCCCUACCAGAGCGGGAAAGGUGUGAGUAGUUGGUUUGAGCCGGACGUUGUGGAAAUUACCAGUAGGACGGGAUCAAAGGCUCCAUCAUGUCUAUUGCUAUUUGUGCGCCUACCGAGAUGGAAUGACAUUCUUAUCCACUUGAAAUUUGGUUGA